CUUUUUUUUAUUUAUGUUGGUUGCAUUGUAAUUAGUAACUGACAAUUAUAUAAUUAAUGAAUGUCUGUUUUUAAAAAUUUAUAUUCUUUAAUGUUAUAAGUUGAUCAUUUUUCAUAUUCAGUUAUUAAUGCUCCGUCGUCAAGUUGUGUCUCAUUUUACUUUAUUUUCUAAAAGUUUCAUUAAAUUGUUUUACAAGUUAUUCAAUUUUUUCAAAAAUGAACUUUCAAAAAUUCCUCAAUGAUUUUGAAUCCUUAGUUUAUCGUAUUCGAAGUAAUCCGACCGUGGUUCAUCCAAAAUUUUCUUCGUUUUCAUCAAGAUUUAAAACAUUCAAAUUAUUCCCAUCAAAUACUUCUCAAAAUAAAUAUACAUUGUCCGAAUGUGGUUUAAAAUAUUCAGGAGUGGAUGAUGUCGUGGAAUGCUUUUGUUGUGGUCUUAUUCUUCAUAAUUGGGAAAGGUUGGACGAUCCAUGGAUUGAACAUUGCAGAUUCAGCCCAAGAUGUUUAUAUGUGUUAUUAAUGAAGGGUAAUCAGUAUGUUCAAAACAUAUUAAGUAAAUAUUGUAAGACAGAACAUAUUUGUAAUUGCGAAACUGAGUCAUACGACACCGUUUGUUAACCAUUUUUUUAUUAUAUUAUGUUAUAGUAAAUAAAAAUAAAAAUAAAUCCUGAUUUUUUUUAAAACAA